AUGGGAGCUGUAGAGCACCCUGGUGACCUCCCUCCAGUGGAGGUCAGCCUCUCCAACAAAGACAUGAGGUCAGGCACAGCCAACCACAGCAUCCUAUCCAUCAGGGAGGAAGAAGAAGCAGGCAAUUUCCUGCGUUCUAUCCCAACACGAGAAUCCCUUCAGUGCCCUCGGGGUUCUGUCAUGAGCUUCCACAACAUCCAGUACACCAUCAAACAGUCCCACGGGCCCCUCUGCAAACGGACAACUGUGGAGAAGAAGGUUCUCCACAAUGUGUGUGGCAUUAUGAAGCCGGGUUUGAAUGCUAUCCUGGGACCAACAGGGAGCGGCAAAUCCUCUCUCCUAGAUGUGCUGGCUGCUAGAAAGGACCCUGCUGGCCUGUCCGGGCAAGUGCUCAUAGAUGGCUUCCCGCAACCUCCAAAUUUCAAGUGUAUCUCAGGAUAUGUCGUGCAGGAUGAUGUGGUUAUGGGCACACUGACGGUAAGGGAGAAUCUACUCUUCUCUGCAGCCCUGCGCCUCCCCAGCUCCAUCAGCUUUAAAGAAAAGGAAGAGCGGGUCACCCAGAUAAUCAGUGAACUGGGGCUCAGCAAAGUAGCUGAUGCUAAGGUAGGAACGGAACUAAUCCGAGGGGUGUCAGGCGGGGAGCGGAAGAGAACCAACAUUGGCAUGGAGCUCAUCACGGAGCCCCCGGUCCUAUUCCUGGACGAACCCACCACCGGCCUGGAUGCUAGCACGGCCAACGCGGUGCUCAUCCUCCUGAAGAGGCUUUCGAGAAGAGGUCGGACCAUCAUUUUCUCUAUCCACCAGCCCCGCUAUUCCAUCUUCAAGCUCUUUGACAGCCUAACGUUGUUGGCUUUGGGAAAGGUGCUGUAUCAUGGUCUGGCUAAGCAAGCCCUGAAAUAUUUUAGUUCUAUCGGGUAUAAAUGCGAGCCCUUCAACAACCCGGCUGACUUCUUCCUUGACGUGAUAAACGGUGACUCCACCGCCGUGGCGGCAAGCAGAGGUGAUCAGAGAAGCCUAGACAAUGGAGGGACUGGAGGAGGGGUAAUCGGUGAUGAAGAGCAGAAUGUGGACAAGAGCGUGGUGGAAACUCUGCACGAGCAGUACCUGAACUCCAGCCAGUAUCGGGACACGAAAGAAGAGCUGAAGAAAGUGGAGCUCAGCCACCAGAAUGAGCAGGGGAAGUCGAGGCGCGUGAACGAGGUCACAUAUGCGAAUGGAUUCUUCACCCAGCUCUACUGGGUGUCCAACCGUGCCAUCAAAAACCUCAUCAGGAACCCCCAGGCGUCUGUGGCACAGAUCGCAGUGACCACCCUCCUAGCCCUGAUUGUGGGGGCCAUCUUUUUCAGAGUAAAACUAGACCAAAGUGGCAUUCAGAAUCGGGUUGGAUCCUUGUUUUUCGUAACCACAAACCAGUGCUUUUCCAGUGUAUCAGCGAUCGAGCUGUUUAUAAAGGACAAGAAAUUGUUUGUCCAUCAAUACACCAGUGGGUACUACCGAGUGUCAGCAUACUUCUUUGCCUUGAUGAUUGGAGACCUUUUGCCCAUGAGAACUCUUCCGGGCAUUAUCUUUUCAUGCAUAAGUUACUGGAUGAUUGGCUAUCAGGCAGUAGCAGGACGGUUCUUUUUCUUCAUGCUGACACUGGUGCUAGUAUCCUACGCAGCUACGGCCAUGUCUCUGGCUAUCAGCGCUGGGAUGAAUGUGGUGGCCAUUGCCAAUCUGUUUAUCACUAUUUGCUUUGUCUUCAUGCUUAUCUUUUCUGGCCUGUUGGUGAACCUUCCUUCUGUGAUGGGAUGGUUGAACUGGCUCAAAUACUUCAGCAUCCCCAGAUACGGCCUCACGGCCCUGCAAGUCAAUGAAUUUAGAGACCUUUACUUCUGUGGUGAGAAACCCCAGAAUAUUACUGCGUCCCCCGGGGAUGCGGCUGAUUGCUCCUCAAAUGCUACACAAUUUGCAGAAACGUGUUAUGGUGAAACAUAUCUGUGCAGCCAAGGGAUUGCAUCUACCAACUGGGCCAUGUGGGAAAACAUAGUGGCUCUAGGCUGCAUGACUGCCAUCUUCCUCCUGAUAGCCUAUGGGAAACUCCGAUUCAUGAAGAAGUUCACCUAG